UAUUUCUUCGAACGUGGGCUAUCGGUGCUCCAGAAGUCACAAGAGGGAUUGUUAAGAUCAAUCUUGCAUCAAGCUAUUCGAAACAAACCGGACCUAGCGCCCAUAAUUACCGGCAAAAGUAUGGGCGCAACUCCUGGGUGGUAUAGGUCAAGGAUGAAGGAUGGUUGGACAUGGCCUGACUUGACUACCGCAUUCAAGAACUUACUAGAGAGAAAGCCUGCUGACCUAAAGCUGUGCCUGUUUGUAGACAGGCCAGAUGAAUAUCGCACCCUUCGCCAGUCUCUUCAAAUUGCCGCCCUAAUUGAGAAAGCCGCUAAAGCAUCCAAUGUAAAACUAUGCAUAUCAAGUCGGCCACUGCUGAUUUUCCAAGACGCAUUCGAAACUUUCCCACAUAUUAAACUGCCACAGCUCACGUAUCAGGAUAUACUAGUAUACAUGAAUGUUCGGUUGGGUAAUGACAAAAAGAUGAUUCGGCUUAAGAAUGCCCAUCCUGAUGGGGGGCUCGCAUUAGGCAAAGAGAUAGUUGACAAAGCAUCUGGGGUUUUCCUAUGGGUUAAAAUCAUCGCCAACAUCCUCCUUCGAGGUAUUCUGAAGCGCGAUAGAGUCAAAGAUCUGCAGCGAAAAUUAAGAGAUAUUCCAGAGGAACUU